AUUGCGUGUGUUUCACACAAAUACAUUUUUAAAAUUCUUUGACUAUAACUUUUUAGUGUUCUGGUUUCAUGAUUCCCUUUGCUUUUCCUCUGGUUUAAUCACUGUCUCUCCUUCCGUAUUUAUCUGACUUUCUUCUGUUCCUCUUUUCGCUGUAAUUCCCAAAAAUCUCCUCCCUUUUCAGAAUCUAGAGAGAGAGAGAGAGAGAGGAAUGUAUGUGAGAGAGAAGAAGAGCCCCACCAUAAAGUUUACAUUUUCUCUUUUUUUUUUUAUGCUUUCAUUUGUAUAAAAGACACACUAAUCCACCUCUCUAGCUUCUCACACCAUUCCAUCUCCUUCCUCCCUCUUCUGUCUUUCGGAGAUUUGUUCUGUCGCGUGAACAAGUUGUCGACUUUCGGACAUACACUUACUUCCUUGUCGGAAUCUCUUUCUUUCGGUCCAAGAACAGCAAUUUUCUAUUAAAAAAACAUAAUGGAGGGUUACACAAGAAACUGGUUUCACGAUGGCAAAGCCUCUGUUUACAACUCCGAAGAGAAGAAACUCGAGCUAAAGCUUGGUCCCCCUGGUGAAGACGAAGAUGGUUCAUCGAUUAUAAGACACAUCAAGAAAGAACCAAAAGACAAAUCUAUCCUCUCUCUCGCUGCCAACCACUUCUCUUCUCCUUCUUCCACCACCACCAACAAAACCACAUCUCAGAAAAGAACUGCUCCUGGUCCAGUGGUGGGUUGGCCUCCGGUUAGAUCAUUCAGGAAGAACUUAACAAAUGGAAGCUCUUCAAAGCUUGGAAACGAGUCCACCUCCAAUGAAGUGGUCCUCAAGAACCAGAAGUGUGAUGAUGAUAAUGGCCGAGAAAAGCCAAUGGGAGCAAAGAGGCAAGGAGGCUUGUUCGUGAAGAUCAACAUGCACGGCGUUCCCAUUGGUCGUAAAGUCGACCUCAAUGCACAUAAUAGCUAUGAACAGUUGUCUCUCACUGUCGACAAGCUCUUUAGAGGUCUUCUUGCAGCCCAAAAAGAGUCAUCAUCAUUUGGAGAAGAAGAGAAACCAAUCACUGGGUUGUUGGAUGGGAAUGGAGAAUAUACUCUUACUUACGAGGACAAUGAAGGAGACAAGAUGCUUGUAGGAGAUGUCCCAUGGCAUAUGUUUGUAUCUUCGGUGAAAAGGCUGCGUGUGAUCAAAACCUCUGAGAUUUCUUCAGCAUUAACAUAUGGAAAUGGAAAUGGUAAGCAAGAGAAGAACAGAAGCUGAAGAAAUUAACUUUCACAGCUUAAUGAAGUAGGGAUGGUUUUUAUUUUUGCUUUUGCCUUUUUUUUUUCUCAACUCUGAUGAGUUUUGUGGUAUUUGAAAUGUGUUUCUAAUUCAAGUCUGAUGUACAUUCUGGUGUGUUACAUCUUCUUUUGAGAAUUUCAUACAUGAGUUUUCUUGGAACUCUAAACCAGACAAAUGAAAAAAUAUGGUUUUGGUUCUUGAGAGUAUGUUACAUAUACUACUUUUCAGUCA